UCCCAUGAUGCAGUGCGGGUCAAAAUGGCCGCCUGUGCUGUAGUCCUGUCAUCCGGUCGACAGUGAAUACGGUGUUUCUGCCCAAAACCAGCUGAUAUUCACAGGACUUCUCCUCAUAUUCCAGUCUUUUACAGAUUAUGUUUUUGUAAUUCCACUGAAAACAGUCGACGAAUCCUCGCGAGAUUUUCCGCUCCUCCCACCUGGACGUCUGUGAUCUCAGCCGACCGUCCACGUGACCUCUGACCUCCGGGCUGACAUGGCGGGGGUCGUAGCCAAACGUGAGGGUCCCCAGUUCAUCAGCGAGGUGUCGGUGCGGGGCAACGCGGCCGUGUUGGACUACUGCCGCACAUCAGUGUCGGCGCUGUCGGGCGCCACGGCCGGCAUCCUGGGCCUGACGGGCCUGUACGGCUUCGUCUUCUACUUCCUGGCGUCCUUCCUGCUGUCGCUGCUGCUCAUCCUGAAGGCCGGACGCCGCUGGAACAAGUGCUUCAAGUCCCGGAGGCUGCUGUUCACCGGGGGCCUGGUGGGGGGGCUCUUCACCUACGUCCUCUUCUGGACGUUCCUGUACGGGAUGGUGCACGUCUACUGAAGUCAUGUGACGUCUCUGACUCCGCCUCCUGCUGUCUGUAGCUCAAACUGAUGUCUCCACUUUCCUCUGAUUCUAAGAAAGAACACGUUUGAGUUUGUGUUCUCCUUCAACCCUCCUGCUCCUGGUCCCGGUCCUGGUUCUGGUCCCGGUCCAGGUCCCAGUCCUGGUCCAGGUCCCGGUCUUGGUCCUAGUCUUGGUCCUGGUCCUGGUCCACACUCAGUGUCCACCACCUCCUCUGGGCUCAGUUUCAUGAUGAGCUUCAUCAGAAUGAAGGUGUCAAACUUGCAGCCUGUGGGUCCAGACUGGUCCAGAAUGACACUGAACAUACUAACAAUAAAUGAUCCAGUUCCAGUUUUUGUAGACCAGUGGGAUCUAACAGGGGUUAGACCAGGAACACAUCACCAUAAUAAACUACAACUAAGGACAAUGACAAAAGUUUUAGUGGGAAAAGGAAAAAAAAAAGAAAAUUACAUGAAAAUAAGUCGGCUAAAAUGUCCUUAGGAGGUCAAAUGAGUGUCCAUUUGUGUCCAAAACAGUUGUCCUAAAGUCACAGAAGUGUGUGUAAAUAA